AUGACGAAGCGUGUAAGUACAAGAAAUGGUAAAACACUUCGUAUUGAAUGGCUCAAUGACAAGGGAGAGUAUCAUCGGUCCGAUGAUGAACCUGCCGUUACUAUCUAUAACAAAGACGGCAGUAUGGGAUGCCAGAUUUGGUACCAGAAUGGGUCGAUACUUAGGAAUGAGGACGAUCCGGCAUUUAUCUCAUAUUACCCCAAUGGUGGUGUUAAGGAGAAGAAUUGGGUUUGGCGGGUUGACUGCGAUUACGAUGAAGAUGGCAACAGAUAUGAUUUUGUUCGUAAACCAAUUACCCCUGCUCCUGCUCCAGGUAAACCAAUCACUCCUACUCCGGCUCCUGCUCCAGGUAAACCAAUCACGCCUACUCCAGCUCCUGCUCCAGGAGAUGCCGAUGCCAUCAAGAUAUUCAAUGGCAACUUGCAACGGGUUGUUCUGUGGCUACAAGCUGGCGCUCAAGAAAAGAUUCGGAGCGCGGCGGAUGGGCUUAUGAGUAUGGAUGCAGAUGCGCUAGCUCAGGCUAUUAAAGACGGUGAUGCUGACUUACAAGCUGCCAUCCUAACUCAAAAACAGGUAUAUAGUUCUGAGUGGCGCAAUAAGUUCGGGGACUACAAGAACACUCUGAGGAGUCAGUACAAUGCCCAGCAAUUUAAGAACGCCAUGAAGAAAGUUGUGAGCAAAUCGGUAGCGGAUGCAAAGACAGACAUUGUCAAUCAAUUAACAGACAUGCUUACUUUCGUACCCUCUUUUCAUUCCAAAGUUCCGCCCAGCUAUGAAGAGUCUGUUAAAGAGAUGGUUGAUUCAGACUUUGUGCAAGCUGUACAAUCUCGGGUCAAUGGUCAGUACGAGAUGUCAGUGGCGGUAAAACAUGGGCAUAACGGACAGUGGCGGAGUGGUAAAUUCCUUGCCACCAGUGAACCCAGCAUUUACAUUUGGAGUCCUGAUGACUACGAUGAUUUAGAGGACGAUGGCGAGGACUUUGCCGAGGAUUUUCAGGCAGUUGAUGCUCGCAUAUACUUCAAGCUUGCUUAA